AUGCAAAUGCUGGAGCUACAGAAAUUUGAAUACCGCAUGGCUGGCAAAAAGACCCAUGUCGACACAAUCAUUUACUUUUUCAAAACGCUGAUUUACAGCUACAGCCAUUGCCACUAUGAACAAGAUCGAAACGCACUCAAGAGGAAGGAAUGGGAGCGGAGAAAUCAAGAAAUCCAGCAAGAUGAAGACCUCUUCGCAUCCGGCUUUAACCUCUUUGGAGAACCAUACAAGACCAGCAAAGGGGACGCUCUUGCCAACCGUGUGCAGAACACGUUGGGGAACUACGAUGAGAUGAAGGACCUGCUCACCAACCAUUCCAACCAGAGCCACCUUGUCGGCAUCCCAAAGAAUCCUGUGCCACAAACCCCGGUAGACAAAAAUGAGCCGAGUUUUUUCCCCGAGCAAAGGAACCGGAUGAGUGGAAACACCUCCACGUCGAUGCCUCCCCCACCUUCCCUGUCAUCCAAUCCAAGUUUGCUGAAUGGCCACCAAAGCAGCAGGAAAUCCCGGACGGAUUGGUCCCGUGGCAACCACAGCUCUAGUGGGGGCCCGUCGAACCAACCCAGUAGCCAGUCCAAUCGGACCAAACAUAGCUCUUCCCAUGAGCCCACCCAAGGCCGAUAUGAGGACCUCUAUCCCUGCCAGAAUGAGCCGCAGAAAACCGGAGGAGGGGAGGAACUCAACACCCCUCCUUCAUCUUCACAUUCAAGGAGACACAAUCACUCCAAGUCCACAGCGGCCGAGCACUCCUACAAGGAGACCACCCACUCCAAGUCUCCAGUGGAUCUUGACUUUCUGAGCCACGGAUCUCCUCUUCCUUCCACGUCUUUGCUAUCCGCCGCUAACAAUCUUUCCAACCAGAACUUUCCUCCUGGACUCCACUGUAAAAGCAGUAUGACCCAGCAGAAGCCCACUGCUUACGUUAGGCCCAUGGAUGGCCAGGAUCAAGUCCCGAUUGACUCCCCAGAACUAAAACCACCCCUAGAAACUGAGGGGGUGUAUGGAAACCAAUCCUUUGGAAGUCUACUGGAAGGGAAAACCACCGGAUCCAGUUCUAAGAAUAAACUACCAAAGCUUACCAUUCCUCAGAUGAAUGAAGUUAGUCUUCCCAAUGACUCCAACUGUGUGGAAGAGAUAUUACGGGAUUGCCAGCAUCUGACCUCAGGAUACCCUGCACAAAAAUGGAAUGAGCCUACCAAUAAAGUUGCAACCAAAUCUGUGCCACAAAAAUCAAUGCUUGAAGAUGACUUGAAGCUCAAGCAUAGCCUUCCAUUGCCAACAGCACACAACACUGUCCUCAUACAUUCCAGCGGCGGAUCCGGAAGCUCCAGUGAAUCUGAAAGUAGUUCGGAAUCUGAUUCAGACAGUGAAACCAGCUCCAGCGACAGCGAGUGCAAUGAAGAAUCGCGCAGCGGAACUCCGGAGCCUGAACCCCCCUCAGCGAACAAAUGGCAGCUGGACAAAUGGUUAAACAAAGUCAAUCCUCACAACAAGACGAUCAUCAGCAACCAACAUGACGGUCACGGGGAGAACAGCGUUCCGUCCCAGGCCGGGGCCCAAAUGGAAGGGCAAAACAAAGGGAAGGUUAACAACAGCUUGUCCCUGACCGAUUCCAAAGACAGGACCCUCCGCAGCCCCGCCCGAGAGAAAGCCAAACCCCGCGUGGCCCAGAAAACCACAGCGGACAUGAAAAGUUCCAAGCAGAAAUCCCCCCUGCACAAUGAGCCAGCCCCCCAAAGGACGACUGGGAAAAAGCAACCCAAAAAAGUCGAAAGAACUUCCAGCGCAGAAGAUUACAAUUGGCCCAAACCAAAUAUGACGAGCAGCACCCCCAAAGAGAAGGAGGCGCAAGAAAGCCCAGAACAGGCCAAACUGAGGGCCAAGAUGGCCGCCGGGAAAACCGCCCCAAGGAAGGAGCCGAGAGCCACCACCGGCCCGCCUCUGGAGAAGAAAAAGUACAGGGGUCCCAGCAAAACCUUCCCCAAGUCACGGGAGUUUGUGGAAACAGAUUCCUCCACCUCGGAUUCUAACACCGACCACGAAGAGAGCCUGCAGGCCAGGAGUCUGCAGGGAGGGAGCGGCUCGGAGAGCGGCCUCAAAGCCAAGGACUCCAGCAGCAACAUCCUUAGCGUCAGCAGCUUAAUGAGCAACAACAGCAGCGCUUCGGUGGACCAGAACGGGCCGGAUUUGGAGGAUCCGCUCUUUUCGCCCCUUCCCAUGGUUCAGAACGAACCCCUGUCCCCCUUGAAGGAAUUCGAAGAACUCAAGUACCUUUGGGUGAAAAUAGACCUGAGUUUCCUCUCUCGGGUCCCCGGGCAAGAUCUGGACUUUGAGAACCUCUCUGGAAAGAUGGAACCUCGAGAGGUCAACGUGAAGCAUCGGCGACAGGCACCCGACUCUCCCUUGCCCCCGGCUGAAAAACCAGCUGCUAAAACCAAAAGGAAGCACAAACAGUCCGAAAAUGUGGACACACUUGGCGACAACAAGAAACAACGUUUAGAAGAGUCGUCGGCUUCCUGCUUACUUCCACCCUGCAUUUCACCGAUACCCAACCAUAGGAUACCCGGCAUGAAAGAAAGCAACUCCAUGAAAAAAGUGACCAAAAAGAGAGAAGAAAAACUCUUCCCACCCCCUUUGUCUCCUCUGAUGGACGAGGCAGCCCCCCGGCAUAACAUCAUGGAGAGCAGCUCUUUCAGCCAAGAGAACUCCCUGCCUGGCUCCUUGCAGGCCAACCUCUGCUCCAAACACAGGAAGAAUGAGAACAAAUCCUCCUCCGUCAACUCCAAGGGCCUCAGUGAAGAGGAUGCUCCCAGCAGGCCUCCCAUUCCUUUGCUGGAAUCCAGCCACCUCGACAACGAUCUCUGGUUGACAAGUCCCAUCUUCACCAACGGGAAUCCUGAACUGAGAAGAGCCAAGAUAACGUUUGAUGAUAUGCUUCACAAUGCGGAUUACUAUAUGCAAGAAGCCAAAAAGCUCAAGCAUAAGGCAGAUGCUCUGCUGGAAAAAUUUGGCAAAGCAGUGAAUUAUGCCGACGCGGCGAUCUCCUUCAUCGAAUGCGGGAAUGCUAUGGAGCGCGAUCCAUUGGAGGCGAAAUCUCCGUACACCAUGUACUCGGAGACGGUGGAACUUAUCAGGUACGCCAUGAGACUGAAGAACUUCACGGGGUCUUCUGCCACGGAAGGAGACAAGAAACUGGCUGUCCUCUGCUACCGCUGCUUAUCCCUUCUCUAUCUGAGAAUGUUUAAACUGAAGAAGGAUCACGCAAUGAAGUAUUCCAGAUCCUUGAUGGAAUAUUUUAAGAAUUCAUCCAAAGUUUCACAAGCCCCUUCUCCUUGGGGAGGCAAGAGCACAGAAACGCCCUCCCCGAUGUCUCUGAGCCCCUCGCCCAUCAGCACCCUUGGAAGCACCACAAGCACAGCGGGCUCCUCUUCGGUGGGAACGGUCAGCAUCCCCCAACGGAUCCACCACAUGGCCGCCAGCCACGUCAACAUCACCAACAACGUCUUGCGGAGCUACGAACAUUGGGACAUGGCCGACAAACUGACAAAAGAAAACAAAGAGUUCUUCAUAGACUUGGACUUGGUGAUGGGUCCGUUAACACAACACAGCAGUAUGACCAACCUGGUCCGUUACAUUCGUCAAGGACUCCAUUGGCUUCGCACUGAAGCACACUUGUUAUAGUGAUGGCCAUGCCCACCCCUGUCACCACUCCAUCCCGUUUCCUUCAUUGGCACCCAGGUGAUCCCCGAUGGACAGCCACUUCCUCCUGUAACUGUAUCCAUAGAGUUUAAUUUUGUUGCCGUCUCUCUUUCUGUCUUAUACAAAACACGAACUGUUCUAUCUGCCCGGCGUGGAAUUGCCAUAAAUGGAAAAUGUAGCUUCCAAGCAGGGUACGCGUUCCUCCUGUCGAACCCGCGUCGGUUAUUUCCUUGGUCUACGAACUUCUAGAUCCUGCCAAUA